AUGGGUAACGAGAAUCGUGAUAUGCACAUACUCUUCUUCCCCUUUCUGGCUAAUGGUCACAUCAUACCAUGCGUGGACCUAGCCAGAGUCUUUGCAGCAAGAGGAAUCAGAGCCACCAUAGUCACCACUCAUCUCAACGUUCCCUUCAUUUCCAGAACCAUUGGAAAAGCCAGUGUUGAUAUCAGAACCAUCAAGUUCCCUUCAUCUGAAGACACUGGCUUGCCCGAAGGUUGCGAGAAUUCUGAGUCAGCACUCGCCCCAGACAAGUUCAUCAAGUUCAUGAAAGCCACGAUGCUGCUUCAGGAGCCACUGGAACAAGUGUUACAAGAAGAACACCCAGAUUGCAUAGUUGCUGACAUGUUCUUCCCGUGGGCCACAGAUUCUGCAGCUAAAUUUGGAAUUCCUAGGAUCGUGUUUCACGGCUUGGGGUUCUUCCCUUUAUGUGUUUUAGCAUGCGUGAGACAGUACAAGCCUCAAGACAAAGUUUCCUCUUACACCGAACCUUUUGUGGUUCCGAAUCUUCCAGGUGAAAUAACACUGACAAAGAUGCAAUUGCCACAAGUUCCUCAGCAUGAUAAGGUUUUCAGCCAGUUGUUGGAAGAGUCUAAUGAAUCAGAGUUGAAGAGUUAUGGUGUGAUUGCAAACAGCUUCUAUGAAUUGGAGCCUGUUUAUGCAGAUCAUUAUAGGAAUGAGCUUGGUAGAAGAGCAUGGCAUUUGGGUCCUGUUUCUUUGUGCAAUAGGGACACUGAAGAGAAAGCACAUAGAGGAAGGGAAACAGCUAUUGAUGAACAUGAGUGCUUGAAGUGGCUUCACUCCAAGGAACCCAAUUCGGUUGUUUAUGUUUGCUUUGGUAGCAUGUCAAGUUUCCCUGAUGCUCAGCUUAAAGAAAUUGCAAUGGGUUUGGAGGCUUCAGGGAAGCCAUUCAUUUGGGUGGUGAAGAAAGGCUCUAAAAGUGAAGAUGAGAAAUUGGAAUGGCUGCCAGAAGGGUUUGAGGAGAGAAUAGAAGGUAAGGGUCUAAUCAUAAGGGGUUGGGCACCCCAAGUGAUGAUUUUGGACCAUGAAGCUGUUGGAGGGUUUGUGACUCAUUGUGGGUGGAAUUCUACACUUGAAGGAGUGUGUGCAGGGUUGCCAAUGGUGACUUGGCCUAUGUAUGGAGAGCAAUUUUACAACGCCAAGUUUUUAACUGACGUAGUUAAAAUUGGUGUGGGUGUUGGAGUUCAAACGUGGAUUGGAAUGGGAGGAGGAGAGCCUGUGAAGAAGGAUGCAAUAGAGAAAGCAGUGAAACGGAUAAUGAUUGGAGAGGAAGCAGAGGAAAUGAGAAAGAGAGCAAAGGCACUUAGCCAGAAAGCAAGGCAAGCUGUGGAGGUAGGAGGAUCAUCUUACUCGGAUUUCAACUCUUUAGUUGAGGAUUUGAGGUCGCGUGCCAAAUGAUAUAUGCAUUUGAAAGAGUCUUA